AGAACAACAACAACAAGAAGGAGAAGAAGGAGAUAAGAGAGCAGCAGAGAGACGCCACACCUGCCAAGGAGUUCAAUCCUCCUCCCUCCUCCUCUUCCUCCUCUCCCUCCUCUUCCUCUUUGUCUCGUCCACAGCGGAGCAGAGAGUGACACAAACAGCUUAAAACAAGUUGUUUACUCGUCUCCUUCUCCAGAGGCAGAGGGAGCUCCCUGUGUGUGUGUGUGUGUGUGUGUGUGUGUGUGUGAGUGUGUGUGUGUGUGUUGCAUCACUUUUCAUGGGACACUGAGAGAUGUGUGUGUCACAGCGUCGGUGGACCGGCUGUCGGGGGCCUCCCCCCACCCCCCUCCCCCCAGUCCUCCUCCUCCUCCUCCCUCUGUUCUUCCUCUCCUCCUCGCCUCCCCUCGUACAGGCAGCCAUUGACAUCCCCAACGACUACAAAGUGCACAACAUGUCUCAGCCUCCCAUCCUCACAGCCGUGCCCAGGUCCUACACAGCCUUCUCUCAGGAGGACAUCUAUCUGCCCUGUGAGGCCUCCGGUAACCCGGCACCCACUUUCCGCUGGGUGAAGGACGGCAAGGCCUUCGGCUCGGAGACCACAGCGUCCGGAACGCUGAGGGCCGAAGACGAGGAGACGCUGGAGUCCUACGGAGGCGAGUACCGCUGCUACGCCUCCAACAGCCUGGGAACCGCCAUGACACCCAGGGUCAGGGUCAUCGUGGAGGCUCAACCGGUUCUCCUGAAGCAGCAGAAGGUCUCCAAGAGAGCUCGCGAGGGAGAGAGCAUCAUCCUGUCCUGCCACCCCCCACAGAGCUCCACCCCCCCCCACAUCCACUGGAUGGACAAGAGGAUGGUCCACAUCCAGCAGAGCGCCCGUGUGCUGGUGGCUCUGGACGGGACGCUGUUCAUCUCCAACCUGCUGAGCAGCGACAGCAGAGACGACUACAUCUGCAACGCCCAGUACGCCGAGGCCCGCACGGUGCUGCCCUCCAGGGCGGUGAGCCUCACGGUGACGCCCAAUAAUGAUGUCGUUCAUGCCAGGAAGCCACACCUCUUCCGUCCCAUUGGCUCCCACACCUCUGUGUUGGCCCUCAGCGAGCAGAGCGUCACCCUAGAAUGUAUCCCCAAAGGCCUCCCCACCCCCCAGGUGGUCUGGAGGAAGAAGGACGGCCUCCUGGAGGACAGCGGCGGCCGCCCCUCGGCUCACGGCCGCUGGCUUCACUUUGAGCACAUCGAGCAGAACGACGACGGAGAAUACGAGUGUAGAGCCUUCAACACACACGGAGCCACCACACACUCCUACACACUCACUGUGGAGGCCUCUCCGUUCUGGGUGAAGCGGCCCAGGGACCUGCUCUACUCUCCGGGGGAGACGGUGCGUCUCGACUGCCAGGCGGACGGCAUCCCCACGCCGCUGCUCACCUGGAGCAUCAACGGGCAGCCGCUCACAGAGGUGGACGAGGACCCUCGCCGCAGCGUGGCGGGCGGCGUGCUGAUCCUGGAGGACGUGGAGUUCUCUGACACCGCCGUGUAUCAGUGUGAGGCCGCCAACAAGCACGGAAACAUCCUCCUCAACACCUACCUCUACGUCAUCGAGCUCCCGCCUCAGAUCCUGUCCUCUGAUGGCGUCGUUUACAAAACCACUGAAGGAGGAAACGUCACGAUGCACUGUGAGUCCUUUGGAUCGCCUCGACCCCACGUCACCUGGGAGGGCGAGGCCCGGCCCCCCCUGCUGUCGGACCCCCGCGUCGCGCUGCUGACCAACGGCUCCGUCACGCUGACCGGCGCCGGCCACGAGGACUCAGGAGAAUACACCUGCUCCAUCCAGCACCGCAACAUCUCCGUCACGGCGCACCUGGAGGUCUUCAACCGCACCGUGAUGCUUUCGGGGCCGCAGGACGUUCGUGCGCUCAGAGGAAGCGUCGCUCUGCUGGACUGUCGCUUCUACAAAGACCCCCAGCUGGUCCAGGCCCAGGUGGUCUGGAGGAGGAACGAGCACAAGCUGCACGAGUCGUCUCCAGACGACAAGUACACGUUCCUUGAGAAUGGCGCCUUGCAAGUGUCUGACAUCCAAUCAGAGGACAGCGCGUCUUAUUCCUGUGAAGUCUUGACGGAGCUGGACCACGUGAAGGCCAGCGGCUCCAUCACGGUCCUAGCUCCACCAGACCCUCCCAGAGACCUCUCUCUGUCUGAUGGAGAAGACCACAGCAUCACUCUGAGCUGGAUCCCAGGACACUCACACAACAGCCCCAUCACAGAGUUCCUCGUGGAGGUGGUGGAGCUGCAGCACGGGGAGAAGCGCUGGGCGAGGCUGAGGAUCGUCCCCGGGGACUUCAACCACGUGGAGCUGGCGCUCGACCCCUUCUGCACCUUCCGCUUCAGGGUCAUCGCCGCCAACGCCAUCGGCACGAGCGCCGCCAGCCAGCCCACGGAGGAGCGCCACACGCCGCCGGCCGUCCCCGCCAAGAGCCCCAGCGGCGUGCGCAGUGACCCCUCCCACUCCAACACGCUGGUCGUCACGUGGGAGGAGAUGGACCGGCGCUCGCAUGGCGGCGAGGGCUUCCACUACAAAGUGUCGUGGCGGCAGGCCGGCGGCCCGGACGCCCGCUGGAACCACUCCAACGUGCCGGCGCCGCCCUUCCUGGUGACCGACGCCGGGACCUACACGCCGUUCGAGAUCAAGGUCCAGGCGGUCAACUUCCUCGGCGAAGGCCCGGCCCCGGAGCCCACGAUCGCACACUCGGGGGAGGAAGAGCCAGAGGAAGCCCCCACGGGGGUCUCCACCACGGUGGCGAACAGCACCGUCAGAGUCCAGUGGAACGAGGCCCGGAAGGUCCGAGGACUUCUAAAGGGAUACAUGAUCUACGUCAGGAGGCUCGGCCCACGCGGAGGUCGGGUCCGGAGGUCUCUGGGGAAAGUGCACAAGGAGAAGGAGAAGGAGAGGGAGAAGGAGAAGGAGGGGAGGUCAGUGACGGUGGUCAACGGCACCAAGACCUCGGAGGAAGUGGGCGGGCUGCAGCUGUACUCGCGCUACGAGCUCUCCGUCACCGCCUUCAACAGCAAGGGGCAGAGCCCCCACUCGCCCCCCCACCACUUCAGCACCCCCGAGGGAGUGCCUGGUGCUCCUGCAUCCUUGAGGUUUGAGAGUCCCUCUGAGAAGUCCCUGGUCCUCUACUGGACCCCCCCAGAGGAGAGCAACGGCGUCCUGCUGGGCUACACGGUGCAGUACCAACAGGAGGUGGCGAGCAGAGACUCCCCGCUGCAGAUGGAGACCGUCAGCGACCCCGACGUGACCCACAUGGAGCUGCAGCCUCUGGACCCCAGCAGCAGCUACGUCUUCAAGGUGAUCGCUCACACCGCCGCCGGAGACGGGCCGCCCGUCCAGCUGAGGGGCGCCACCAUGCUGGAUGGAGUUCCUCCGUCACACGUCAGCAUCGUGUCCAGCAACACGUCCCUCAACCUGAGCUGGGUGCCCGGAGAGAGGGACCGGAACCACGGCUUUGUCAUCCAGUACCGGAGGAAGAGUCCCGGGUGCGACUGGAAGGACUCGGAGGUGUUGAACUCCACGCAGGGUUUCUAUUCGCUGAGAGGCCUCCAGCCUGGAUCUGAGUACCACCUGGUGGUGAAACACGGGAACGACACGCAGUGGGAGAACGUGACAUGGACCAUCGGACCAGUGCCGUCAGAGAUGUCCGGCGUGUUCGCCGCUCAGGGUUGGUUGAUCGGACUCAUCACCGCCAUCUUGCUGCUGGUGCUCAUCCUGCUGAUCCUCUGUCUCAUCAAGCGCAGCAAGGGGGGCAAAUACGCAGUGAAGGACAAAGAAGACAAGGAGGUGGACUCUGAGGCUCGGCCCAUGAAGGACGAGCCCUUUGGAGAGUACAGCGACGUGGAGGAGAAGCUCAGCCAGCCGUCGCUCAACGGGAGCAAACGGGGCAGCGACGACUCGCUGGCGGAGUACGGAGACAGCGUGGACAUCCAGUUCAACGAGGACGGCUCCUUCAUUGGCCAGUACAGCGGCCUAGGCCCCGCCCCCCACGGCUCUGGCCCCGCCUCCCCCCCACUCCAUCCAUGAAGAGCAUCCUCUCACACACACACACACACACACACACCAGAAGGAGGAGGUGGAGGACAGGUUUGCACCAGCUGUGUGAACUGGAUCAAAUGAAUCUGAUUGGAUGAUUAAUAAUCAAUAAUUAUAGAGGACUCAAUGUUUCCUUCUGGAUGCAGACGAAACGUCUUUGAGUCCGACGCUGAUGUUUCAGCUUCACCAACCUCAGUGAGAUAAACACAGACGGGAAGCAGACAAACAAACAAACAAACAAACAAACAGCUGGUGCAACCGUCGUCCAAUGAGAGGAAGACGAUGACGUGAUGAAGAGUGAGACAUGAGAACAAAAGAUGUCUCCGGUCCAUCUUGUACAAACAUGUAUUUGUUUUCCAUCCAACGCAUUUAGAGUCAGUAUUAUUGUUGUGUUGUUGUUGUUGUUUUAAAUAUAUGAAUCAAACUGUC